AUGUCAUAUGUUCCUACUUUCGUUUCAAGUGAAUAGCCACUCUAUCUCAAAAUACAGAUUUCCUAGAUUCCUUCAGCAUGGGAUGAACUGAAAUUGAAACAUUUUCUAUCAAGUCAAGGAUAUACUGUGUCUGAUGUAUAGAUGUUAAAAAAGGAUGAUCCUAAAUCCAAGGGAGCAGCAAUAGUCAAAUUCAAUAAAAUGCAAGAGGGAGAAAAAGCCACAAAAUAAUUGAAAGAAGUGGCUGUGGAUGGAAUGCAGCCUCUGGUACUGAAAUGGGCUGAGGGCGAAAAAGAAAGAUUAGGAGUGGCUGAGGAAACUUCUCCCAAGAUUCAAAUUGAUGGAUUAUAGAAGGACUGCGAAGAGGCAAUGAUUAAGGAGAUCUUUAUGAAAUACGGUCAAGUCACUGACGUUUAGAUCCAGAAUUAGGGAUAGUCCUCAAUUAGUGCCAUCGUGUCUUAUACAUUCAAGGAGAGUUGCUUAUUAGCAAUCAAGAAUAAUCAUAAUAAGAAUUAGUUAGGAGAUCGUCCUUUAGAUGUAAGAUUUUUGGGGUAGCCUGCCACAAUUGCGAACAAGCAGUAUCCAGACACUCCUGCGACUGAAGAAGGAGAUCCAAUUCGAGACAUUCUAGACUAAAUCAUAUACAAGGUGGCUGGAUCAGAAGAAGAAACCAAUUUACAUUCAUUGGGAGACUGGAGAAAUUGUGAGAAGGUUGGAUAUUCAUAUCAUUUUAAUAGUGUGAGUUUCGGUUCAAUCAUAUAUUCACCAGAUGGAAGCAAGGAAAUAAUUACUAAAGAAAAGUAUUUGAAUGAUUUGGCUACGUUCAAUUCCAAGAAAACAGGACCUCCUGGAGCGAAUCUCUUUGUUUUUCAUUUACCAAAUGAGCAUAAGGAUUCAGAUUUAAUGGAUUUGUUUUCAUCUUAUGGCAAUGUAAUUUCAGCAAGAGUAAUGACAGAUCCAAAAACUGGUAAAAGUAAGGGAUUUGGAUUUGUGAGUUUUGACAAAUAAGAGAGUGCAUAAAAAGCAAAAGAAGCUAUGGAUGGACAUUUGAUAGACAAGAAAAAGUUAUCAGUUACGUUUAAAUAAGGUGAUGGAACUCCAUGUUAACCACUUUAAUAUUAGUGGUUGCCAAGUAUUCAAUAAGUGUAAUUCGAUCCAUUUGAUGUGUGACUUAUCUUAAAAGUUUUAUAUUUGUGUUUUAAAAUUAUUAUUAAGUUAA